GUCUAAUUGCGUUCAGUCUGUCACGCUCACUCGCCUCGGGCAGUCGUCUUUGUGCUUGGCUCUGAGCAUGUCGCUCCAAUUGGAACGUGUCGACCUUCAGCAGCUGGAGAUCUACCAGCAGCAUUAUAAGCAACAAUGGCCCAAAUAUUGUGCGGAGUUUUAUUGUCUAGAUAAUUUCAUAGGUUUCUUUAGAGUGGAUCCACAGAUGGAGAAUGUUAAAGCUUACACGCUGUCCGAGCAGAGGGCUAAAGACGCAGCGCUCUUUGUGAUCGUGGAUCGUUAUCAGCUGUUUAUGGGUUGCUUGGACAGCGGCAAAGAGCUGCUGACGGAGGCGCUGCAUUUGCUUGAUUGGUCAAGUGGACUGAAAUGCAGUUCCAUUCCAUUUCGUCACAUAGAGGCACUCGAGCAGGUCGUCAAGGCUAAACAGCUUAGGGUGCAGUAUAGAGACAUGACAGACCUAUACCAUAUGCCUCAAAAGGAGGCUGCUGCUCUGGAGGUUGACAUACCAGCUGGCUUCUAUAUGCAGAGUCUCAGUGAGCAGGAUGCAGAGCUGAUUAAUGAGGAAUGGCCCAAUCGGCAUGAAGGUUCCUUGUACUUCAUACGACGCCAGAUACGCCUCUGCGCGAAUAUUGGUUUAUAUGCAGCAGAUAGCAACGAGCUGGUUGCCUGGUGCAUCAGAUUGCAGGGCGGCUACCUGGGCGCUCUACAGGCAACGCAUAUGCGCCGUGGCUUUGGCAGUCUGGUCACCAAGAAGAUCUCUCAGCGCAUCGCUGCCCUUGGCCAGGAUGUGAUGGCCCUGGUGAAUCCCCACAACCUAGCCUCAAAUGCGAUGUUCACCAAGCUGGGCUUCCAAGUAAUCGAUCAAUGUCUCUGGCUGAGAACUGAGCCCGUGGCGGGCGAGUUUAUGUGGCCGGACGGGCAGUAAAUGCCCGCACCCGGAC